AUGGCCGAAUCUACGCCCCUCCUCUCCUCCCUUGAGGGUGAGGUUUGCAAGGUCCAACGCUUCCCCAGUGCCCUCCGCGGCAAGAAGAUCCUCCUCGCGACAGAAUCAUGGGGUCCCGUCAAUGGAGUCAGUCGGACGACACGCAGUCUGGUCGAGUAUCUGCGCGACAACGGUGCAGAGCUGAUUCUCGUCGCGCCUCAUUUCAAAGGCGACUCGAAGCAGAUGGCGUCUUCUUGGGAGCACCGUUUGCCUGGCUGUGCCUUGCCCUAUAACCCCGACUUGACAGUCGUCUAUCCGUUUCAGUUGGCAGAUGUCUUUGAUCGGUGCUUCGAGCCUGAUCUCAUUUAUCUUGCCAGUCCGGCUUCGCUCGGCUUCCAGAUGCUCUUGCAGAUCCGCCAGCUCAGAUCUCCGCCGCCGGUCUUGCUCAACUUUCAGACAGACUUGUCCGCCUAUGCGGAGAUCAUGCUGCCCGUGCCGCUGGAUCAAUUCGGUGUCUGGCUCUUGGCUACUGUGCAGGGUUUCUUGUUCCGCACCCGCGCAGUCCAUACCAUCUUUUAUCCCUGCAGUGCCAUCCGCCGGUAUCUGGAGCGUGCAGGUGCACCGGUCGACCGACUCGUUCAGCUAGGUCGUGGUGUGGACACUAUACUCUUCUCGCCGACACGGCGCGACGACUCAUAUCGACGACAGAUUGCUCCAAACGGCGAGAUCAUCUUAAUUUGUGUUUGCCGCAUCGCCCCAGAGAAAGGAUUCGAGUUCCUUGCACAGGUUGUACAGCGGCUGGCCGCUGACAAAGUAGCCUUCAAGUUACUUAUUGUCGGCGGAAACCGUAACCCAGCAGUCGAGAACAAGGUGCAGCGCCUCUUCGACGGCGUCCGUGACCACGUCGUCUUUGCCGGAUUUCUCACCGGGGCUGCUUUGUCUCGCGCCUAUGCCUCGGCCGAUCUUUUCCUUCAUUGCUCUAUCACAGAGACAUUUGGGUUGGUGGUCCUGGAGGCCAUGGCCAGCGGCAUUCCAGUCAUUGCGCGCGAUCAAGGUGGCCCCUCGGAUAUCAUCCGCCAUGGACAGACUGGGUAUCUAGUCCCACCGCACGAUCUGGAACGCUUCAUCUCAUUGGUCAAGGAUGUUUCCCACGACACAGUAAGGCGAGCGACUCUUGCUGUGGCUGCGCGGGAGUAUGCCGACAACACCACCUGGGAGAAGAUCAACUGUCGGGCAGCCUGGCAAAUGGCGGACGCGUUGUCGCAUACCGAUCAAGAAUCACAAGUCCCCCGGCAAGCCGCUAGACGUGGAGUCGUUGGAUCGAUCUUCGAGCAGCUUCGACUGAUUCUGGCUGUGGGGCUGGUGUAUUUCAUGUGGUUGAUUUCGGUAGUCCCGUUGAUCGUUCAUGGGAAUCGUUUCCUCCCAAGGGCAUGGCAAGCUAUCCAGGAUCAGUUCCAGGAGACUCGUCCGUUGCGCAGUUGA